AUGGACCCCGCCGCCCGCGACGCUCGGUGGCGCUCCCUCUACGGCCUCUCCUACCCUCUCUUCGCGAACCUCCUCGACGAGCUCCGGCCCCUUCCCCUCCCCCUCCCCCUCCCCGUCGACCACGCCCUCGCCCUUGCCCUCUCCCGCCUCUCCCGCGGCCUCUCCUCCCCUGCCCUCGCCCGCUCCCUCUCCCUCCCCCCUCCCUCGUCUCCCGCGCCACCCACGCCAUCUCCCGCCUCCUCGCCACCCACCUUUACCCGGCCUUCGUCCAAAUCCCCUCCUCCCACCGCCUCCUCUCCACCCUCCAGUCCUUUCGCGACCUCUCCUCCCUCCCCAACCUCUGCGGCUCCAUCGCCUCCUCCCCAGUCCGCCUCCGCCUCCCCCCUUCCUCCUCGGCCUCCGACGCCGACCUCCGCUCCCCCCACCGCCCCUUCCCCUCCGUCCUCCUUCAGGCCGUCGCCGACCACCGCCGCAUCUUCUGGGACGCCUGCGUCCGCGCCCCCGGCGCCGCCGACCCCGCCUCCCACCUCCGCGACAGCCGCCUCUACCACCGCCUCACCUCCUCCGACAUCCUCCGCGAGCCCGCCCUCCCCCUCCACGGCCUUCGACGCCGCCCUCGCCAAGGCCCGCGCCGCCUCCGUCGAGCCCGCCGUUGCCCUCCUCAAGGGCCGCUGGAAGAUCCUCCGCAAUCUCAACGUCGGGCUCGACCACGCCGCGCAGACCAUCGUCGCCUGCGUCGUGCUGCACAACGUGUGCCAGAUCGCUGGCGAGCCCGAGGAUGAGGGCAAAUACCUGUGGCGCGACCCGCCGGAGACCCCGCAGCCCGCCCGGCCGCUUGAGAGCGAGCGGUCCCUGUACUACCUCGGGGAGAGCUUGCGGCAGGCCUUGGCGGAUGAUCUCUAUGACAGGCAGCAGAGGCUGUCUGGGGCGAGGUGA